AGCGACCCGGAAGCGCUGAACCGAUUGGAGGCAGGCAGAAAGAACAUCAAGCUUUUAUUAUAAAGCUAGCUUUACUCGCUAGACUAAAAUCUGCGAUCGGAACAUCAGGAUGGCGGAGCCUCGAUUCAACAACCCAUAUUUCUGGCCUCCACCGCCCUCUAUGCCUGCUCAGCUGGAUAACCUGGUGCUCAUCAACAAGAUCAAGGAGCAGCUGAUGGCUGAGAAGAUACGACCUCUGCACCUGCCUCCCACCUCCGCCCCCUCCCAGCAGUCCCUCCUGGUGACCUCCUCGCCCUCAGACAGCGGGCAGCACAGCAUGCCCAAGCCCCAGCAGGUUCCUGGGCACCACCAGCAGGGCUCUGCCCAGCCCGACAUCGCUCUCCACGCCCGCCCGGCCUCCAGCUCCGUGUCAGACGUAAACAUGGAUGAGAAAUCGGCCGUGAAAGCCAAGGGCCUGUGGGAGGACUGGCACAUGCGGCAGAUCGUGGAGCAGCCUUCUAGAAUCAAUCACCGCGCAGGUCUGAACCAGUCGUCGCGGGGGGACGGUCACGGCACCUCAGAGGCCCUCACCCCCACCACCCCCACCUCCAGCAGCCAAAACCGCCACGGAGGCGCCCCCUCCGUCAACAUCAUAUCUGGGUUGGCCAGUGGGCCCGGCAUGGAGCACAUGAAGGCCGGAGGCCUGGCGGGCCUCCUGGGGCCUCCGCCAAAGGCUCCUCGAGGACGGAAGAAGAUUAAGGCGGAGAACAACUCCGGCCCUCUACUCGUGGUGCCCUACCCCAUCCUGGCCUCUGGAGCAGACCAGGGCUGUAUCUCAGUCGCCCCUAAAGAGGGGAAAACCUACAGAUGCAAAGUGUGCCCGCUCACCUUCUUCACCAAGUCCGAGAUGCAGAUCCACUCCAAGUCCCACACGGAAGCCAAGCCCCACAAGUGUCCCCACUGCUCCAAGUCCUUCGCCAACGCCUCCUACCUGGCCCAGCACCUGCGUAUUCACCUGGGCAUCAAGCCCUACCACUGCUCCUACUGUGAGAACUCCUUCCGCCAGCUUUCUCACCUGCAGCAGCACACCAGAAUCCACACUGGUGACAGACCGUACAAAUGUGCCCAUCCUGGAUGUGAAAAGGCCUUUACCCAGCUCUCUAAUCUUCAGUCUCAUCAAAGGCAGCACAACAAAGACAAGCCGUACAAAUGUCCCAACUGUUACCGUGCCUACUCAGACUCCGCCUCGUUGCAGAUCCACCUAUCAGCUCACGCCAUCAAGAACGCCAAGGCCUACUGCUGUAGCAUGUGUGGCCGUGCCUACACCUCAGAGACAUACCUUAUGAAGCACAUGUCCAAACACACUGUGGUGGAGCAUCUGGCCAGCCACCAAUCACCCCAGCGGACUGAGUCCCCAAAUAUCCCCAUACGCAUCUCCCUCAUCUGAGGUCCACAGCCCAUCGGCGUUACGUUGGAUUCGUUUUCUAUGUAAGGCUGUAGUUCAGGGGGGUCCUGCACAGAAAAGCCGUCUACAUAAGGCCUACUUAAGCACCAAACCACACCUGACUGGCUUUCAGCGAGUUCCAUUUGAUUCAGACUGUUGGGGGUGAGUGUGUGGUGCGAAUCUUUUCAAAUGUAACUGUAGAAUGUGUCUGAAGGAACGGACGGCUAUUACAGUCUUGUGUUGGAUGUAAUAAGCACUGACUUAGGCAUUAUGUUGGCUGCCAUGCAUUGGCCCUUCCAACUGCCAUUUUUUCUUCCAUUAAAUGGGUUUCCAAAAUGUACCAGACUAUAUUUGCCCUAAUAAGGAAUAGAGAAAUACAUGUUUGCUGGGUGUAUUCUAGAGACAUCCAAAGAUAAUCUUUAAAGCACUUUCAGGCCUUGUAGUUUUGGCUCAAAUUGUUUCAAUCUUUUAGGAUGGAAAAGCAAAGGCAUUGCUUGAGGCAGCUAAGAGUAAUGACUGUGUCGAAUUGAAAUGUUGUGUUUUUUUUUUUGUUUUUUUUUUUGCGCUUCGUUCUACUUAUUUGUAUGCGUUUACAGGGUCAUACGUAUAAUCAUUGAGAAAACAGAAUUAAAUGCAUAAUUAUUUUAUACGAUUGUAAGUUUUUUAGAUAUUGAUAAGUUAUCAAUUAAGCUACACAAACUCAAGUGCACAGAAACAUGGAAUUAGUAUUUUUUAUCAAGGACCAGUUUCUCACUAUUCAUAGCAAUAUUGUUUUAUUGAUAAGAAUCACAUGAUUUGACACCGAUAUUAUAUCACACUUGGGUCAGAUAUCAUUUGCAAAUACUGUCAAAUAGGUGGGUUAACUUGUUUGAACCCCUGACAUUAAACUAGUGGACCAGUCCCAUAAUCUGUCAGUGUACUUUGACCCAAGUCUGAAUCAAGAAUCUACAUCUAAUCAGAUUUGACUGGCCUGGGAGUGUAGCUAAAAGCUGUCAACCGCUAAUGGGAUUUGAAAGCAAGCUAACGGGAAAAAUACAAUUCAAGCCUUUAGUGGUACUUGACACAGCUCUUCGAAGGCUUUCACAAAAACUCAUGAUGAGCAUGUUGCUAAUGUCAUUAGCAGUUUUAGCUUAUGCCUGAUGAGAUAACAGUAAACAACCAAGAAGCCGUUAAGAGGUAUUUAGCUUUCACAGAGAAUGGUGCUUCGCAAUACUUCCGUAUGAUUAAGUCAAGUUCUCACCGAGUGACUCUGGCUGACAGUCAUUACUCAGACAGAGUUGUGAAGACUGUGACAGAGAAAUCCAGUGUUGUGGCUUGCAUGUUCUAUGAGUAUUAUCCAUUAAUUUCUACUCUGAAUACUAGAAAUAUAUACUGUAGCAUUUGUAAUCAGGCUCAAAUAUACUGUACUUGUAUUGACUUCUCUGUAGUCUCACAAUUUACGUUACUUUAUUUUAAUCGUAGUACCAUGUCAAGUCAAAGCUAUACCUCAGCUGGGUGAAACAUAAGCUGCUUCAUUGAUGACAGUCAAUGAAUUAAAACUGAAAAAUUGUUUUAAGUGCACAGUUGGACCAAAAGGUGACCUGCUAUUUGUGCAUAAUCUGUCCCCAGUUCCUUUGACACAAGUUGUUCCAAUGUAAAAACAAAAGAAUCCUUACUGGUUUGCAAGUGCAAGCCAAUGCAGUAUAAGUAAGUUCCGAUGCUUAUUUAGCAUACUAUAAGUUGAUGUGGUGGUGUUUCUGCUAAGUUCUACUACUAUUUUACUUUCUUCAUGCUAUAUACAGUAUUGAUUGAUGUACUCUUACUGUAACUUUACCCUCUGGUUACUGUGGGUGGUACUAAUACUCUGUAUUAUUCAGAGUAUUUAAGAAAAGGUGCUAAGACUAGACAUUUAUUUAAGAUGGAACUGACAUGUAAAAUACCUAUAAAUAUUGUAGCUACAGCUACCAAUAAAUGUAAUAUGUUUUCAGAAAAGUAUAACUCAAGCUACUGGCCUGGAAACAGACAUUUAUGCCAACAACAGACCCUGCCUCUUCAACUUACUCUCUUUUGAGAGAAUGGGGAAAUGUACAUGUUGCUUCACUGUAAAACAUGAUACUCAUUUAUAAAACCAUUUUUCCAUACUGUUCUUUCUAUUCACAUUUUGUACAGGUAUGUUUAUGUAAGAACUUACUGUAAUGUUUUUUUUAGUUUUUUUUUUUUACCGUAUAUUGAUCAUUCGUUAUUAAUAUUCAUGUUUUAUAUCAGUUAUUUACUUAAAGCCUUAACUAUUUUAUCAUAGAACAACCAUUCUAUUUCCAUACUCUGUAUUGUGUUCUGCAGUAUUAAGUCUUGUAAACUUUUUUUUCCGCAUGGAAUAUCAAAACUGUAAUCUGUAUAUUAAGUGUUAACCCAUGUUCUCUAUGAAAAGAUACUGUACAAGAUAUCUGUACAUUUAUUACACUUUUUCCCAUCUUGCAUUGUGGUUUCAUAUAAAGUUUCCAGACAACUUCAUAUGCACAACCAAGACUGAGAAGUAAAACUAAGAAUAUCAAUGUUAAAAAAAUCUUUGUAUCUUUACCUUGUUUAAUAAAAAGACUGU